ACCAAAUCCAAGACACUCACACCGGCUCUGGGGAACUUCUCUUUCUGAGGGCAUUCAAUGGCAUAAUGUCUUCUAUCCUAGGAGCUUAUGCAAAUAGGGUCCUCCCUCUACUGAUAAGACAGCCUUGUCCUGAACCUGCAGCUCUGGCAGCGGAGUCCCAGCCCCAGGAUCCCCAGGUGCUCCCAUUCUGUGAUCAGGACUGAACACAGACCACAUGCCAUGGAGUCUGGGCUGAGCUGGGUGGUCCUUGCGGCUCUUUUACAAGGUGUCCAGGGUGAGGGGCAGCUGGUGGAGUCUGGAGGAGGCCUGGUGCAGCCUGUGGGUCUCUGAGACUCUCCUGUGCAGACUCUGGGUUCACCUUCAGUGGCUUCUACAUGCACUGGGUCUUCCAGGCUCCCGGGAAGUGACUGGAGUAGGUGGCAGGUAUUAGCAGUCAUGGCGGUAGCACCUACUAUGCAGACUCUGUGAAGGGCUGAUUCACCAUCUCCAGAGACAACGCUGAGAACACACUGUAUCUGCAGAUGAACAGCCUGAGAACUGAAGACACGGCCCGGUAUUACUGUGCGAAAGACACAGUGAGGGGAAGGCUGUGUGAGCCCAGACACAAACCUCCCUGCAGGGACACAGGGCCUGGGCUGCAGGGGGCACUCAGGACCCAGAGGUGUUUGUUUCAUGCCCAGGAGCAGGUGCAGAGGGAAGUUAAGGGCUGGUUUCCUGCCAGGGUCUGGGGCUUCCUCUCCCUGUGGCAUCUCCCCAAGGGAAUCCCUCUGCACUCAUGAUUCUCUACACACUAUUCAGUCUCUGAAGGAGAAAGGAGUGUUGGAAUAGGGGAAAUAUUCUCACAUGCAUAAAAGUUAGGGAGACACUAUAUGUUGUUUCAUCCUUCUCUUAAUAUCUUUAAGUAACUCUUCAUGACCGCUGGUGAAUCUACAAAAGAGGGUCCAUUGGACUCAGCCAGGGAGCUCAACACAGCAGAUCCAGCGACCCAGCAGCUAGCAGCAACAUCAUAAAGUGCACACUGGACAGCAGACAUCAGCAGGUUCCAAACCGAAAGCAAGAGAAGCAACUCCCCUCGGUGGUCGUGGUUCCCCUGACACCUCACUCACAGCCUCCAAGCUAGUUUCCUCCGUGCCAAUGCACAGGGACCCCCACUGCAGCUUGCGGGAGAAGUUGAGUCUGAGGACACCCCACACAGUGAGGCAAGGAGUGUGAGCAGUUUAUCGCAUCCGUCACUGAGGUGUCUGUUGAGAGCAGGGACGUCCCGUGCAGUACAUCCUGGGGAAGGACAGAGCCACCUGAUGUUCAUGCCAAUUAUUAUCGACAGGAUUAGGAUCCUCCUUCUCACGCCCUCCUACAAACAGGUCUCGCCUGGGCCAGGGCCCAGAUUCUGGCCUGCUCUUCACGGGUGCAGCAAGACCCCUUUCAAGACCGCAUGACUGUCUUGCCAGGUCAAGUCAAAGGCUAUGUACGGUGUCUUCGAGGGGCAGGCAGCCCUGAGGACUCUUAACUGCCUGCACGGUACUAGCUGUCCCGGUCCGCAGCUGGGAGGGAAAAAGAAAGGAGGAAGCCUCACCCAUCAGGUGGCCGGUACUAAGAUAGUAGCAGAUGCCAAUGCAGUGGGACCUAUGUAUCCACUGGGCUACAAAGAGGAAGAAGACCCCCUGUUCUCUCCAGAAGAUGCCAGUGCAGCCCCCAGGAUCGCUAGUAAGGCCUAUUCAUCUCAUAGAGCAAAUCUGAAAGGAUUUCUUCAUUGUACUCGGGAAAUGCAUAAUUCCCUAGGAAAUCUGUCAAACUCUAUUACCUACCUGAUAGAUUUAGGUAGUAUAAUGGACUCGAUGAUUCUAACUCUUGAUACAAGGUACUAUAUUAGCAGCCUACUUGUUUAUAAUCACCGUGACCCAGCCAACACAGGAGAUCUUGCAGAGGGAAGUGCAUACUACCAGUAUUAUCAGAGAACUCUGUAUCCAAAUCUUCGGCCACACACAUCUGUUCUCUUGAAUAGGCAUCGUCCAAGAGACAACCAGUAUGCUAUACGUACACACACUGUAUGCGGCAACCGUAAUCUCCUACCGGUUGGUCACUUGGGCAGAAAUAAAAUAAUCAUAGGUGUCGUUGCGUCUGCCUAUACUGGGAGGUCUCUAGGUGUGUAUUAUGAUGUUAUGAGCUGCGUUUGCCAGAGAAGGUCUGUCUGCAUUAUGUUCUACUCCCCUUCAUUAACAGACACUUUCAGUAACUGUUCCUUUUUACAUAUCCAACACGUAUAUCACUAUGCAAGUGUUGACUGCAUGUUUCAAACUGCAUUUGUGUAUCACAAUAGAAGCCUGGCAAACGAUCGUUGUGGAGAUAAGAAGGUGGACCCUGGGGAGACCUGCGACUGUGGCUCCAUUAAGGAGUGUUACAGCAACCCCUGCUGUACCGAUGAAUGUCGGCUUACACCCGGAAGUUCUUGUAGUGUAGACCUGUGCUGUUCAAACUGCAACUAUUCCCACUCUGGGACACUCUGCAGGCCAACCCAAAAUAUAUGCGACCUUCCCGAGUACUGCACUGGUACAGAAAGGUUUUGUCCUGGUGAUGUUUAUUUGCAAGAUGGAACCCCGUGCUCCGAGGAGGGCUAUUGCUAUCAUGGAAAUUGCACGGACCGCUCCAUGCAUUGCAAAGAGAUCUUUGGCAGAAAUGCUGUGAACGCUGCAAAUGAGUGCUAUUCUAUCAACAAAAGGGGCCAUCGGUAUGGACACUGUAGAAAACUACCUACAAAGACCUCCUUUUAUGGUUGUAGUGAUGCUGAUGUAUUGUGUGGAAGAUUGCAAUGUACCAAUCUCACUCACCUUCCAGUGUUGCAAGAGCAUGUUGGAUUUCAUCAGUCUGUGAUAUCAAGUAAGUUGUGUUUUGGGAUGGACUUACACCGUGGGACUGAAACAAAUGAUGUUGGUUAUGUGAGAACUGGUACCCUCUGCAGGCCUCGAGUGUUUUGUUCAAAUACCUACUGCAACGGUACUUUGACUGAUCUGAGGUAUGACUGUAUCCCUGAGAAAUGCAAUUAUAGAGGGAUUUGCAACAAUAGAAGGAACUGCCACUGCCACAUAGGCUGGGAUCCUCCAUAUUGUAUACAGGUAGGUAUUGGAGGAAGCGUGGACAGCGGACCCCCCCCAAAACUGAGAGGGUCGUUAAAACAAGCCCAAGCACCAACCAUCUAUUUGAGACUGCUCUUCGGUCGCCUUUAUGCCUUCAUAGCUGCGAUGCUCUUUGGUGUGGCCACAAAUGUAAAAUCUAUCAAGACCACCACAGUUAAGGAAGUAACAGUGAAUGCUUAGAUAUCCUAAACCAGCCUCCUGACCCUUGUUCAACUACAGGCAAUGUAGAAGGAACAUGUGUGAGAAAAUCAGUAAUGAGAUGACAAAGCUGAAGUUCACUUCCUAGAAGUCUGUGGAACGGGGCUGGGGGCUCGUACCGUGAGUGGUCAGAAUUCUCACACCAGGUCUCUUUGAGAAGCUGCUUCCCGGCAUGCUGAAAUAAAACCUAAGAACACA